AUGGGGAUAACCAUACGUCAGGCGACAAUCGAAGAUGUUCAAGCUAUGCAAAAUGCAAACUUACAUAACCUCCCUGAAAAUUAUCAGCUAAAGUACUAUAUGUAUCAUAUCCUCAGUUGGCCACAAGCUUCAUUCGUUGCCACAACAAGUACCAUAAAUUCCGAUGGACAAGAAGAAAAAGUCGUUGGGUAUGUUCUUGGGAAAAUGGAAGAUGAUCCAGAAGCUGAAGAUAAAACACCCCAUGGCCAUAUCACAUCACUAUCAGUUAUGAGGACAUAUCGUCGAAUGGGAAUUGCUGAAAAAUUAAUGCGCCAAUCGUUGUACGCCAUGUGCCAGCUGUUUGAUGCAAAAUAUGUUUCUUUGCAUGUUAGGAAAUCCAAUAGGGCUGCAUUGCAUUUGUAUAGAGAUUCAUUACAAUUUGAAGUACAACUGAUUGAAAAAUCAUAUUAUCAAGAUGGUGAAGAUGCAUAUGCUAUGAAAUUAGAGUUGGAAUUAGAGAAACUAUUACCAUCAUUGGCACAAAAGGGAGUUGAAGAUGAUUUAACUAAAGAUUUAUUAGAAGAAAUAGCUGUAUAA